AUGGUGUAUAUAAGAGAUUAUCCAAACACGUAUGCUUAUGUGGAUAAUGCGUGUACAUCUUUUCACGCAAGUAAUUUGGUAUCACGCUUUAUUAGUAUGGAUUAUACUUCAGGUACAGGAGAGUUUCACAGGGAAGAAGCUGUAAUAAACGGAUUAGGAACUAUGGAAGAGCAGCACCAUGACUUAUUGGUUGAAACUAGGAAUGACAGUGUCACGAAUGAGAACGUAGGUGGAAAUGAUAACUUUGGUAAAGAUGGUGUGAAUGUGCCCGAGGUGGGUAUGAUGUUCGAUGAUGAGAAAGAAAUGUUUGAGUUCUAUAAAAAAUAUGCUUAUGAAGUGGGUUUUCCAGUUAGGAAACGGAAUUCAAAAAAGGGGGAUGAUGGUGUUGUGCGAUAUGUAACGUUUACUUGUAGUCGUGAGGGUAGAAGAAUUUAUGGUACAAGCAAUUCUUUGAAGCAGCAACCAACUAGUCAAACUGAUUGUAAAGCAAGGAUCUCGGCAUCAUUACUGAGUAAUGGAAAAUGGAGAGUAAAUACAGCCCACCUGGAUCACAAUCACAGAACGAGCCCUUCGAAGUCAAGGCUAUAUCGAUGCAAUCGAGAGCUGACUGCAAAUGUCAAACGAAAGCUUGAAGUGAACGAUAUUGCAGGAAUUCCGUUGCAUAAAAGCUAUAACUCCACAGUGGUGGAAGCAGGUGGUUAUGAGUCUAUGACAUUUAUCGAGAAAGAUUGUCGAAAUUAUAUUGAACAAGUACAACGAUUACGGCUCGGGGAAGGAGAUGCUGGCGCAAUACAAGCUUAUUUUGCUAAUAUGCAAGCACGAUGCUCAGGAUUUUACUUCAGUAUGGAUUUAGAUGAUGAGUCCCGGCUUAAGAAUGUAUUCUGGGCAGACAAUAGAUGUAGACUAGCGUAUAAAGAGUUUGAUGAUGUUGUCGCAUUUGAUACGACAUACCUGACUAACAUACCUGACUAA